AUGGAAAAAGCUGUGAUAUACUUUGUCCUCCUGGGAGUCAUCUCAGGUUUAACCAAAGGAGCUGGUGUGCUACAAGAUGAUCUUCUGAAUGCAGCUGUGGGAGGAACGGUGAUGUUCACCACAACACUGACUCCACAUGAACACACAUUUGGAUCAGUGACCUGGAAUUUUGGUUUUGCAAAUAUUUUCACUUUCACUGGUUCAAACGAUACUACACCAGGGUAUCAAGGAAGGAUCACCUUCUUCAUGUCUACUGGAUCUCUGGAGCUCAGGAAUCUGGCUCGUAGUGACAGUGGACAGUUCAGCGUUAACAUUAUUCCAGUUACAGGACUAGGGGUAUCUGGGAACACACAACUGGCUGUAUAUGAUCCAGUUUCUGAUCCAAUGUUAACUGCCAGCAGCACAGACUUGUUGGAGUUCAACAGCUCUGUCCGUCUGUCCUGCUCCUCCUCUGGAUCCUCUCUCUCUUUCCUCUGGUUGAACAGCAGCUCUGAGGUUACAGAGAGUGACAGAGUUCAGCUUACUGAUGGAGGCGCCACUCUCACUAUAACUAACGUGACCCGCUAUGAUCAGGGACCUUUCUUGUGCACGGUCUCCAAUCCUGUAAGCUCUAACACCAGUGAACCAAUAAACCUCUCCAUCAGCUAUGGCCCAGAAAAUACGAAUUUGACAAAAUCUCCACCACAAGAAUACUAUGCUGAAGGUUCAGACAUCAUCAUGACGUGCUCAGCUGACUCCAGACCUGCUGCUCAGUUUCAAUGGUUUCUGAAUGGAGACCUGCUGUCUGAUACUGGACCAGAGCUCAGACUGAUCAACAUUCAGAUGAGUCAGAAUGAAAUCAGCUACAGCUGUCAGGCCUUUAACAACAAAACUCUUGGAUAUGAAACAUCUCAGCCUUCAGUUGUCUCUGUACUGGAGAGAAUAUCAGGUGCUUCACUCACAUCAUCAACAAACCUGCCGAUUGAGGGGAACUCUGACAACUUGACCUGUGAGGCUCUGGGCUCUGUGUUUACCAGAGAGUGGAAGAAGGGAGACUCAGAUCUGAUUCUGACUGAAGACAUGACCCUGCACGACAACAACAGAGUGCUGUCUUUUAGCAGUCUGAAUAGAAAACACAGUGGAAUAUAUUCCUGUAUAAUCAGCAACCCCCUCAGCAGCGACCAAGCUAAAUACAUCGUAAAUGUGAUCUAUGGACCAGAAAAUGUUCAAAUCGCAGGUCCAGAUAAGAUUGAUUUAAAAGAGACUUUAAUAUUAAAAUGCUUUGCUGAGUCCACACCAACUGCUACUUACAUCUGGAAACGGAAUGUAACAGAGAUACAUGAAUCUGCUGUUUUCACUAAAAACAACACUGGACUCUCUGACAGCGGCAGCUACGUCUGUGAAGCAACGAAUACUAUAACUGGGAAAACAUCGUCUGCAGUCCAUGAAUUGUCUGUAACAGAUGGGGGAUCUGGAGGUCUUUCUGAUGGUGCCAUUGCUGGAAUUGUUGUCGCUUGUCUAGUAGUUGUUUCUGCAGGAGCAGCUGGAGGGUAUUAUAUUCAUAAAAAAAAAUUUAGAAUCAACAACAAACCUCUGCCACAUUCUGGUCCUAAAAAAGAAAAAGAAAAAAAAAAAGAAGAAAAAGAAAAAGAAGAAGAAGAAGAGGCUGUGUAUGAAAACCCUUCACCGGUAUAUGAAACUCACUUUGAAAUGUCAUAACCAGCCUGAAGAAAAGAAAACGCUCAUGAAUGUCAAUGCUAUUGUUUUUUUUUUUUUUAAAUUUAGACAUUUUCAACCAAAAUCGGGGGGGAAAAGCUGCAGAGAAUUGCAGAGAUGGGUGAUAAUUACCUCAAGGUUUUACACUGUUAGCACUUUUAAGUUUAAUGUAUCUUAAUACCUAAAUAUGUAUGUUAAUAUAUAGUGGACUUUUUUGCACCUAGACAGUUUAGUUAAAUAUAUACACUACCGCUUAAAAGUUUGGGGUCACUUAGAAAUGUCCUUUUUUCAAAAAAAGUUUUUAAAAUUUUUAAAAAUUAAAAUAACAGACAUACAGUCUAGAGAUUGUUAAUGUGUUAACUGAUUUUUUAAAAUGAAAUAUCUAUUAUAUAUUGUCAGCAACCAUCACUCCUGUGUUCCAGUGGCACAUCGUGUUAAUCCAUGUUUAUAGUGUUGAAAGGCAAAUUCAUUAGUAAAACACCAGAGCAUUAUGUUAGCAGAGCUGAA